UGGUCUCUUAGACUGAUGCAUGAUUUAGCCAGUCAGUAAUGAGCAUGUGAUGUUCUGUAAAGAUCUAGUCUUUCUAUUUUGAGUUGAAAGGUGCAAAAAAUUAGUUUUUUACAGAAGAACCUCACCAGUGUAUAACUAUUUUUUGCUGCUAUGUUUCUUCAUCACCACUUUCAACCCUUUUCCUCCUCUCUCUUUACUUGUCCCUCAUGUCCUCUCAGCUCGUCUGAUCAGUCCUCUUCCUACUUUUCCCUGUAAUGGAUCUUAUUUCCUGUCAUUAGGAUGUCUGCCUAGAUGAAAGACCUACUUUGCUGGAGAUCUGUCCAGGGAAUAAAAGAGCUGCAGUUAAGGUGCAUUAGUGUACAUUUCUGCAAUGGUAACUAUGGUGUAAUUUUGCUCGUCGCAUAUGUUAUGAGACAGAAUGCAGUGGAGGGUCCCAUCAGCCUAUGAAUCAGUCUGUGAUUAGUGAUUCUGUUUCACCUGCUCCUAGUUGUUUUCUGUGCAGGAUUAUUAAAUAAAAAGCAAAGCUGUAAGUGCUGCAUUGCAGUUUUAGCUCAUAACGUGUGCUAAUCCUUUGUGUGUGUGUUUCUGUGUGUCUGUGGCACUCUCGUCAGCUGAGGUUGCACACUGCUCUGUCUCUUUGGCUUUUUGUUAAGAGCUGCGUCACAUUGAAGCAGGCCUGCAGCAGAAGAGAAAGGCUGAAUAGGGAGGCCACUUUCCUCCAGCUCGCUGCCUUAAAGUGACCUUUCCUACAGAACACAUUCACUCUCAUUGACGUUAACAGCAUGGGAAAAAGAACGACUAAGGACUGACAUCCCUGUGAUUUAUUUGCUGGAGUGAAAUGAUCCCAGCUGGAUUAAAGAGCAUGGUUCCGUGUCCAGUUUCAGUUACAGGACUAGUAGCUGUUUUGAUAUUUUAGAAGAAUGAAUAAUAUGGAAUGAAAAGCAAUCAUGAACUCUUACUGUAGUACAGUACAACAGGAAUGCUUUAUUAGUAGCAAUUUAUUAGAUACAUGUAUUAAAAUUUGUGCAUUUGCAUCAUAAUGCUGCCAAAUGAAUACAAAUGAAUAAAUAUGUGAUAACCUGGGCUCUAGAUUUAGGACUUUUGAGAGGCAGGUAGAAGAGUUGUGGCAAUGAGAGAGAAAAAUGUGGAAUGUAGUAUUAUAGAUGUUUUAUGACUAUGCUAUAACUUUAGUUAUGUCUGAGCCUACAGUCUACAUGCAGUAGAUUGUAUUGAUUCCCAAAUUUUGGCAAUGGCUGCAAUAUAACCAAAUCUAUUCAGAACACUGAUAUUAAUUCUGUGACUAAUUAGUCAAGUGGCUGUUUUGAAUAGACAGACGAUGUACUCAUAAUGGUGUCCUCUUACCUCUAAACUGCAGUUCUGUUGAAGCGCUGAUAUAAAUAUCCUAUUACUCUGUUAUAGGGAUAUCUUUGUGAAUGGAUUAAUGUUUGGUUGUUCAUAUGUGUGAAUGCUUAUUUCUGAUGAUUCAUUUGUGCUUAUAUGUACCUUCACGUAUGCUUUUAUAAGAAUGUGUAAGCUUCUGCAUAAUGGAGGACUUUAGGACCCAGCACUGGCUCAUUGGCUCUCUCGCAGAAAGCACAGACACUAGCGCAGUAGCAUUGCUCUCCACACACACUCCCCCACCAGCACCAGAUACACACUAUACAUCCAUAUGCACUCUUCAUCCUAGUAGACAAGACCUCUCAGACAGCUCGCAUUCACACAUAUUUAGCUUUUAAGAGGGUAUGCGCUGAUUCUCUGCUCAUCAGUGAGCAUCAAGCAGUGGUGCUGGCCUUCUCCUGGAUCAGGCUCCGUUCUGCUGGACCAAGAGCAGACAGCAAGUUUCAUCCAGCCAUCAUACGGAUGGAGAGAAGAGACAGAGUGAUGUGUGAUGGAAGACAGGGGAGGUAGGGAGUGUGACAAAGGGAGACAGAGAGGUAGAGACCAUAUUGCUGUCUAGAGAAGGGCAGGGAGUCAUCAGCAACACUGGAGCAGCAUGUCUCAAAUGAAGAGGAACACUUAUAGCAGGGUGAGUGACAAACAGACCACUAGCAGUGGCAGCAGCAGGAUGAGUUCAGAUGGAGGAGGACGGCCAGUGAAGGUGGGCUCUGUGGUGGAGGUCAUUGGAAAGGGUCAUCGUGGCACUGUGGCCUACAUCGGCAAUACGCUCUUCGCCUCAGGGAAAUGGGUGGGAGUCAUCCUGGAAGAGGCCAGAGGCAAGAACGAUGGCACAGUGCAAGGCAAGCGCUACUUCACCUGCGUUGAGAACCAUGGGAUAUUUGUGCGGCAGUCACAGAUCCAGUUGGUGGAGGAUGGAGCAGACACAACAUCGCCUGACACUCCUGAAGCUGCCACAUCUAAAGUGCCUAAGCGAGAGAUUCUGGAGGUUCCCAAGUCCAAUAAAGUGCGAGGAACCAAACCCAAAAAGACGCCUGCUCCUCGUAAGACUACGGCCAGGAGGCCAAAGGCGCGGUCGGGUGUUGGAGUAAAGGUGGGUUCUGGCUCAGCUUCGGCUGGAGAGAUGAGCAGUAGUGAACCCAGCACACCUGCUCAAACCCCACUGGCUGCUCCGGUUAUCCCCUCCCCUGUUGGGACUCUCCCCUCCCCUGGAGCUCCACCCAUCCCAGCCCCGAGUAAGGAGGAGGAAGCUCUACGGGCGCAGGUGAAAGAUCUGGAUGAGAAGCUGGAGACUCUGCGGAUGAAGCGGGCGGAGGAUAAGGCCAAGCUAAAGGAGCUGGAGAAGCACAAGAUCCAGCUGGAGCAGCUACAGGAGUGGAAGUGCAAGAUGCAGGAGCAGCAAAAUGAGCUGCAGAAACAACUCAAAGAGGCCAAAAAGGAAGCAAAAGAUGCUUUAGAAGCAAAGGAACAUUAUAUGGAGGAGAUGGCAGACACAGCAGAUGCUAUUGAGAUGGCCACCUUAGAUAAAGAGAUGGCUGAAGAGAGGGUGGAGUCUCUGCAGCAGGAGGUUGAUGCACUCAAAGAGAAGGUGGAUGAACUGACCAUGGACCUGGAGAUCCUCAAACAUGAGAUAGAGGAGAAAGGCUCUGAUGGUGCAGCAUCUAGUUAUCAUGUGAAACAACUGGAAGAACAAAAUGCCCGUCUGAAGGAGGCCUUGGUCAGGAUGCGUGACCUGUCUGCCUCUGAGAAACAGGAGCACGCAAAGCUGCAGAAGCAGAUGGAGAAGAAGAACUUUGAGCUGGAGACAGUGAGGGUGCAGAAAGAGAAAAUGCAAGAGGAAAUGAAGAUGGCAGAGAAGACCAUAGAUGAGCUCAAAGAGCAGGUGGAUGCAGCUCUUGGAGCAGAAGAGAUGGUGGAGACUCUAACUGAGCGUAAUCUGGACCUGGAAGAGAAAGUGCGGGAGCUCAGAGAGGCCGUUACUGACCUGGAGGCCAUUAAUGAGAUGAAUGAUGAGCUGCAGGAGAACGCCAGAGAGACGGAGCUGGAGCUGAGGGAGCAGCUGGAUCUGAGUGCAGCCAGUGUGCGAGAGGCAGAGAAACGUGUGGAAGCGGCGCAAGAGACUGUGGCAGAUUACCAACACACCAUCCAGAAAUACAGAGAACUGACCGCACACCUGCAGGAAGUGAACAGAGAGCUGAUGAGCCAACAGGAGGCCACUGCUGAGCCGCAGCAGCAGCCUGCCGAGAUCUUCGACUUCAAGAUCAAGUUUGCAGAAACCAAAGCAUACGCAAAGGCCAUUGAGAUGGAGCUGCGUAAGAUGGAAGUGGCUCAGGCGAACAGACAGGUGGCUCUUCUCACCUCCUUCAUGCCCGACUCCUUCCUGAGACACGGAGGGGACCAUGACGGCAUCCUCGUCUUGCUGCUCAUUCCCAGACUCAUCUGCAAGGCAGAGCUGAUCAGUAAGCAGGCACAGGAGAAGUUUGAUCUAACUGAAAACUGCUCUCAGAGACCGGGGAUGAGAGGGGCAGUGGGAGAGCAGCUCAGCUUUGCUGCUGGACUUAUUUACUCUCUGAGUCUGCUUCAGGCAACACUGCACAAAUAUGAGUAUGCCCUUAAUCAGUGUAAUGUGGAGGUAUAUAAGCGUGUGGGUUCCCUUUACUCUGAGAUGUGUGUGCAUGAGCGUUCUUUGGACAUCCUCAUCGAUUUGCUGCACAAGGAUCAACUGGAUGAAACUGUGAACGUGGAGCCACUUACUAAGGCCAUUAAAUAUUAUCAGCACCUUUAUAGCAUUCAUCUAGCUGAAGAGGCGGAGAACUGCACUAUGCAGCUGGCUGACCAUAUAAAAUUUACCCAGAGUGCUCUGGACUGCAUGGCGGUGGAGGUGGGUCGUCUGCGUGCCUUCCUGCAGACGGGAGAGGAAGAAACACUGUUUUCUGUGCUGCUCAAAGAUCUGGACACUUCUUGUAGCGACAUUCGCCAGUUCUGCAAGAAGAUCCGCCGCCGCAUGCCGGGCACUGAUGCGCCAGGCAUCCCUGCUGCUCUCAACUUUGGGCCACAGGUGAGUGAGACGCUGGCAGAAAGCAGGAGGCAGCUGGCCUGGGUGAAUGCUGUGCUGCAGGAGGUGGCUGCAGCAGGAGCUCAGCUCAUUGCGCCACUUGGUGAACAUGAGGGUCUGCCAACGCUUAAACUGGAGGACAUGGCCUUCAAAGCAGCUGAACAGAUCUACGGCUCCCAGGGUAUAAACCUCUAUGAGUGUCUGCGCCAGUCCUGUAGCGUCGUCAUCGCAACCAUGAAUAAGAUGGCCACCGCUAUGCAGGAGGGAGAGUACGACUCUGAGAAGCCACAGACUGGGAUGGCUCCAGUGGAGGUGCGAGCAGCUGCACUGAGGGCAGAGAUCACAGAUGCUGAGGGGCUCGGGCUAAAAUUGGAAGACAGAGAGACUGUCAUCAAAGAGCUCAAGAAAUCCCUCAAAAUAAAGGGUGAGGAGCUGAGUGAGGCCAAUGUGCGCCUGAGUCUUCUAGAGAAGAAGCUGGACAGUGCGUCAAAGGACGCAGACGAACGAGUGGAGAAAAUCCAGACCAUUCUGGAUGAGACCCAGGCACUCCUAAAGAAGAAGGAGAAGGAAUUUGAAGAGACCAUGGAUGCUCUGCAGGCUGACAUAGACCAACUGGAGGCAGAGAAGACAGAGCUGAGACAGAGGAUUAACAGCCAAUCAAAGAUGACCAUUGAGGGACUCAGAGGAAAUCCUGCCUCUGGCAUUGCAUCCAUUGUGACUGGUGGCAUCACAACUGAGGAUCAGAAAGGUGCUGUAGGAGUGUGCGCUGCAGGAGGUGUGCAGGUGAUAGAUUCUCCACUGCUGACACAACAGAUUGAAACUCAGAGACUCAGCAUAAAGCGCUUGAAGAAUGAAAACAACAUCCUGAAGGCGGAGAAGAUGCAUGCUCAGUUAGCCUCGCUUCCUCCACUGAACGUGUCUAAGCUGAGCUGGCGUGAGGGUUGCAGACCGGAGGUCCUAUCCAGCGCUCUCUAUCGCAAAACAGACCAACUCUUUGAAACACUGCUGCAGAUGAGUGCCAACGUCAAAGUCGUAGACAUCACUGGAAAAUCUCCAGUGAGUCCCAGUGCCCAGCUCCUGGAGCAGACUGCAAGGCUACAGUCUCUCAGUGAGACUCUCGACAGGCUAAAGGAUGAAGUGGCAGAGCAUGUGGUGUCUCAGAGACCUGGUGCUCGGGUUUCGUCUGACUUUGCUACUUUCCCCUGCACCUCAUUCGUAAAGGCUAAGGAGGAGAAGACGAGAGAUGAAGUGUUGGUUGGUCGUGUGAUGGUGCCUUGUGCUCGAGGGCAGGAGCAGGUUCACCGGCUUGUGCUGUCCCAGCACCAGCUGCAGAGUGUGCAUCGCCUGCUUCAGACUUAAACAUAACCUUCGGCAAGAAUGAGCCCUGCCGCUGCUUCCUGAAAACCCUGGUCCACUUUCACUAGAUACAUCUCAACUUUACCAUUGGAAGGAAAUGCAUGAAACUUGGAGACCUGGACAAAUCGUGAAUCGCAGUGACUGGUUGGGAAUGUUUCUUUGCCUUGGCAUCUUCACAGCCUGAGAAGCACAUGCUCCUUCAAAAGCUAAACUGAUCCUUAAUAGUUACGUCUUUAAGUAUAUUUAAAUAUUUUAGAUGACACAAGUGCACCAUUUUCCCAGAAACUAAACAGAGUUUAUCAUCUAACAUCAUUAUUUAAUUCAACUUAAUUCAACCCUUCAGGUAAUUUCCAAUGCAUUCUCGGGCUGAUUACAGCGAGCUAGAAGAGGAAAACACAGAUUUCUGUACGGCUGACUGCCGUGAUCAUAAAAUAGUUUAUAAUGGUUUAAAACUCUGAGGUUCCAAAUCUUCAGGGACUAAUACAAGCAGUCAUGAUGAUGUGCUAUGAAAUUAUAGCGUUCAGAAUUAUUCAUCUGGCUGUGCAUGAUUUCUGAAGUGGCCCAUUAUGUAAAUCUAUUACUAGCAUAAAAGGGAUCAGGCUAUAGGGGAAAAGCAAGUCAAACAAGGACCCUUAAGGUUUAGGUUUGCUGCAAUAUUGAUGUUCCUGUGGUCCCUCUUGUCAUCCACUAUCAUCCACAGGCAUUCAGUGUAUUAUGGGAAAUUCAUUUAAAAAAAUUCAGGGUUUAAAAUAUGUAGACCAAUUCGUAUAUGUAAACUGUCACAAACAAAUGGCCAAAUAAGCCAAGUAUCUGUAUCUCUUAACGAUUGAUUUAAAUAGGAGGCUAAACAUUUCAUAUAGUCUUUGAAGGAUGAGAGAUUGUGAGAUUUAGGCAAUUUAACACUAAGACUAGUCCUUAACAUUUAAACCAAAGGUGUUUAAUGUGCUAUGUGGAGUUUGUUGAAGAGCAAAUCUGAGUUUGCAUACCAGAUACAACCCAAAUAUUCACACUCAUUAGAAAGAUGACAAGGUCAUUGAUUAUUUUCGGGUGGAGGAGGGGCAGUUGGCAGAGGACAAACUGCACAGUAUUUGCUCAAAAGUCAAUAUUCAAGUGGUCUUACGUAAUCAAUGUAGUCUUAAGUUAUUAACCUAUUUAUUGUGUAAAAUGCCUAAUGUUGCUUACAUUGACAUCAUUGUGAAGAAUGUGUUUGAUACGUUACGUCUGAAUAAAGCACAUCUAAUAGAUGCUACAAAAAUAAA